GCUUGCUCCCUGUGGCAGGACUGUAACUGUUCACAGCUGUCCCAGCUGUCCUGUCUCCUGUGGACCAGGAGCUGCUUAGAGUUUUAACUUUCAUUUUACAAAGAACAUGCUUGACUGUUGCAGCAGGCAAGUUAUAACUGGCACUUACUUCUUGUUCUUCUAGAACACUGAAAAUCUCCCACAGCACUUUAGAAAGGGGACCCUGACUGUGUUGAAGAAGAAGUGGGAGAACCCAGUGCCGGCAGCAGCAGAGUCACAGGCAGAUCCUCCGCAAAACAGCUUUGAGGUUAGGCACCGAGCGGACCACCAUCCUGCUGAAGUGAAAAGCAACUCCACUUCUGGAACCAGAGCUGACCUUAGAUUCGGAUCGCAUCCUGAAGCCCUCACCCAGUGCCGGGAUCCUUGCACGGAGGACAGUAAGGAUCUUAAAGCCCAAACAACAGAAAGUAAAAAGAUGGAAAAUUGUCUAGGAGAUUCCAAGCAUGAAGUAGAGAGAUGUGAAAUGAGUGAAAACAGUGACACUUCAGGAAAAAUAGAGAAAUACAAUGUUCCGCUGAACAGGCUUAAGAUGAUGUUUGAGAAAGGCGAAGCAACUCAGUCCAAGAGUCCUUGGGCCCAAAGCCGAAAUGCAGGUGGAAGGAAGAUCUCUGAAAGCAGCUAUUCACUGGAUGACUUGGAAAUGGGCCCAGGUCAUUUCUCAUCCUCUGCCUUCUACUCGGAGAAAAAUGAGAUUAAGCGAAAUCUGGAACUCCCACGCCUCUCAGAAACCUCCAUAAAGGAUCGAAUGGCCAAGUAUCAGGCUGCUGUGUCCAAACAAAGUUCAACCAACUAUACAAAUGAGUUGAAAGCCAGUGGUGGUGAAAUCAAAACUCAUAAAUUGGAGCAAAAGGAGAAUGUGCCCCCAGGUCCUGAGCUCUGCAUUUCCCAUCAGGAGGGAGAAAAGGUUUCUGCAACUGAAAAUAGCCUGGCAAUUCAUUCCAUCCCAGCUGAAGAUAACUCCUCAGGUAAUUCCCAGGUUAAGAGUGAGGCCCAGCAGCCUGUGUCCCCAGUGCCUCUGAGUCCAGUUGCCAGAGCCUCCAGCCUUCCUGAAAGUUCUCCUCCCAAAGCAUUGAAGAAGUUUCAGGCACCUGCACGAGAGACCUGUGUGGAAUGUCAGAAGACAGUCUACCCCAUGGAACGUCUCUUGGCCAACCAGCAGGUGUUUCAUAUCAGCUGCUUCCGUUGCUCCUAUUGCAAUAACAAGCUUAGUCUAGGAACAUAUGCAUCUUUGCAUGGGAGAAUCUAUUGUAAGCCUCACUUCAAUCAACUCUUUAAAUCUAAAGGCAACUAUGAUGAAGGCUUUGGGCACAAACCACACAAGGAUCUGUGGGCAGGCAAAAGUGAAAAUGGAGAGACUUUAGAGAGACCGGCCCAACUUCCAAAUGCAGGGGAAACUCUUCAGAGCCCAGGGGUAGAAGAUGCCCCCAUUGCUAAGGUAGGUGUGCUAGCUGCAAGUAUGGAAGCCAAGGCCUCCUCUCAGAGAGAGAAGGAAGACAAGCCUGCUGAAACCAAGAAGUUAAAGAUUGCCUGGCCACCCCCAACUGAACUUAGCAGCUCUGGAAGUGUCUUGGAGGAAGGAAUCAAAGUAUUCAAGCCUAAAUGGCCUCCUGAGGAUGAAAUCAGCAAGCCAGAGGUUCCUGAGGAUGUAGAUCUAGAUCUCAAGAAGCUAAGACGAUCUUCUUCACUGAAGGAAAGAAGUCGUCCAUUCACUGUAGCAGCUUCAUUUCGAACCUCUUCUGUCAAGAGCCCAAAAACAUUGUCCCCACCCAGUAGGAAGGGUUGGAGCAGAUCAGAGCAGAGUGACGAGUUCACAGGAGGAAUAAUAACAGAGAGGAAACAGGUGGAAAAUACCAGGGUCUCUGAGAAAAAUGGAAGUGUGGGGAAAGCAACCUGGAAAGACACAGAAUUUACAGGAGAGGAAACAGGAAGGAGAAGUAAGGAAAUUCAUAAUUUUGAGAUGGGGAGUGAGAAUUUCAUAGAAAAUGGUGCAGAUCUAGAUGUAGAUGAAGAUGAUAGUCACCUCUUCAAACAGCAGUCUCCACUAGAGCCCAAGUCUCCAAAUUGGUCCAGUGUUGUAGACAACACUUCCACUAAAGAAUUCACUAUAAAGAACCAGAAAUCCCAGGAGGUAGGGUUCUGGGAUGAAGAAGUGGUCAAAGAGCUAUCUGUAGAGGAACAGAUAAAGAGAAACCGAUACUAUGAUGAAGAUGAGGAUGAAGAAUGAUAACUUAAAAUAGUGCUGAGGUUUAAAUUCAUGUUAGUGUUAGUGAGCAACCUGCCCUUUAUCAAAGUGAUGCACAAAAUGAGCUAUCUUAGCAUGAACUGUCAUUUAUGUGGAAACAACCUUGGAACAAAUUUUUACUUAAAAAAACACAAUACAGCAGCUUAAGUGAGCCAAUUCUAAAUGCUAGAAAUAAUAUUACUUAAGACCUCCAUGCAAUGAAUAUAUGUAAAAGAACUUAUAAGCAGGGAAAUAUUCCAACCAAUACAGCCCAGAUUCCACUAUAUUCCCUAAAGGUAAUAUUAAAGUGGAGAGAUAAUUGGUAGUACAUUUUUACACUACAAAUACUAUUGUGGAAUUAGAAAACAAAAGAAGGGAUAUAGAAGUCUGAAAGUUAUGACUGAAUGCACUUUACUAUAAAGGGCAUAGUUUUUAUACUUUAAAAUCAAUACCACUUUUCUUCUAGUAUUCAAUAUUGAGAUCAAAUAUUUAGUCUUUUAAAUUUUUUAGUUAAUUUUCUUACUCUGAUAUAUAGGGUGAAUUUAUUGCCUUGCAUCCUGCUCUCUACAUCUUGAAUUAUUGAAGUAUAAUAUAUUACCUUUAUAGAGUACCUUUUGAGAUAAUUAAAAGACAACCUGAAUGCUUUGGUGCUUGAAGAGAUUGUUACCCAAUUAGCUAUGCUAUCAGCCAUGGUAAUGUCUAUGCUUCUCACAGUUUACAGAACAACUUAAAAAAAAUUUAGUCCUUGGGCUGGGAAGGUGGCUCAGUGGUAGAGAUCUUGCCUUGCAUGCCAGAGGCCCUGGG